AUGGCCACGUCAACUUUUGCAGACAGACCGCUCAAGACACUCGUGCUAUUCGAUGUAGAUGGCACUCUUACUCCAGCUCGCUUGUCGGUAUCCACAGAAAUGCUUGAUCUUCUCAAAGAAUUGAGGAAAAAGGUCGUGAUUGGGUUUGUCGGUGGUUCUGAUCUCGUCAAAAUCAGCGAGCAGCUCGCCAUCACCGGGCAGCCAGGCAUGUAA